UCACACAAUGAAGAAGCCUUACUAUACUCCUAAUUGAUUUUGUUAAUCAAGAUUAAUAAUAGGAUGUGCUGUCAUCGUGUUAUCCAUGUUACCGCAGUCGUUUCGUCUGACAUGCGCCGCAGAUGAUGCAAGACGAGCCACAUUCGGUUAGAAUUCACAGUCACCACUCUCCAAAAGCGCGCACUAAUAUGUCGUGCUUCGUGGCGUUGUUACAAACACAAAGACACGAUCUCACCAUGACAAGUAUCCCUCUGAUCCAGCCUUCGGCCUCAGCAUCCAAAUUCAGCGCAAGCAAAAACAGUCAAUCCAUUUUCAGUAUACCGACGGUCGAUAUUAGGGAUGCGAGCACUUACCAGGAUGUGUUAAAUGAACCAGAAACAGAGGAUGACUAUGUUUUCGACAUGCAUCUGGAUCCUAGUCCUAUUGGCAAGGACUUGCCUGUAGAAUCUUGGGCCCAGAGCAACAGAACACUUGCGGCCACAUUCAGACCUAGCACCAAUGAGAUUGCUGUCUAUGUGGCAGGGAAAAAAGCUGCUGAAGAGUUUCCCAUCAGACAGCAGAUGUCAGCUAAGGAUAAUACAGUGUUCCUGUGUCAAGCAUCGAUCCCUAAGUGUCGUAUUCCAUUUAUCACGCAGAUAUUUGAUGUGUUUACUAAAGUAACAGACUUGGAUCCUCGCAAGGGACGUGAAAAUUAUAAACGCAAUUACGAUUUAUACUAUGCAGGGAUCAAGAAGUAUCUUGUUCAGCUCUAUGUACAAUCAAAGAAGGAUAUGGAGACUAAGGAAAUGGACGAAAAUUCUCAUGAACUUGACCUUAUCGAAGGAAUUGCUGCAAUCUGGCAUCUUUCUGAAUGUAUUUUCUUCACAAAAGAUCAGGAUAAGCCAAUUGCGUUCAUGUAUAGCGAGUGGCUUGCAUCACAUGUUUUCACAGGGAUUGACUUGAGUAUUGGCGAACAGUUACUCAGAUCUGAAGACAAACUAUCAAAUCCUCAAUUCUGGCCCUAUAUUCAUCAAUGUCUGUUGCGCGGUCUUGGAAACUCUGUCGUGUUUAUGGUGGAGCAAAUCCUAAGCGAAGAAACAAACGAAGAUAAAGCUGAUGCUUUAGAGGCUCUACUAAAAUUGCUUCGAGAGAUCCCAUCCUCUGGGUCAAUAGCACCAGAUGGCAAGAGUCGGGAUCGACAUAAAAAAUGGAGCAGAGCAUGCGAAAAAUUCGCAAACUCUUCGCAAGUCUCUCGCCUUGGAGCGGGUGGGAAGAAAGCUGCGGGUAUAUUGUCUGGAGAUAUUGAGACAAUUCUUACUUCUACAGAAUCUUGGGAAGAAGCUUUCUCCGCCAUCCUUCUCUACAACAAUCCAGAAAUUCGCAGAUAUGAGCUUUUGCCAGUACUGAAAUUAUGUGUAGAGAAAUAUCUAGAUGAUACAGAGGUGUCACUUUUGAACAGGAUCAAGAUCGCUGUCUUGGAGAUGGACGCCAUCAAGACUCUUCGUCACUGCGGGAGCUAUCAUCCUUGGCUUGUUGCCCAUCUCGCUGACAUUCUUCAGCAGUAUGGAUAUUUAAAUAUAGGCGACCUUCAACUUCAAGAUAUCACUGCUGAAUUUGAACUGGAUGUCCGCGAUUUUUUCGUGAUUAGCUAUGCUCAAAGUCUUAUGUCUAACACAGGUCUUUGGGAGGUUGUCGCUGGCUAUCUGCUUAGGUGCGGACAUACCGGUAGAGCUAUGCUGUCAGAGUGGAUUUGUCACGUGCCCUUGCAAACACCUAGCCACGCCAACAAAGUACUCAAAUUUUGUGAAGAUAACGAACUUUCAGAUGCACUACGCUCUAUCAACAGAGUUAUUGGUGUAGAAGAGGCGAAGCGCGGCGAAUACAUACUUGCGAUCCAGCAUUUCAUUGCCUCCUGUGAUGAUGACCGCGUAGCCAAAGUAGUAGAUGAGUUAAUGCAGAGAUACUUGAAGAGUGGCCAGUUUGACCUAGAGGACACACUCAUAUCUCUCUCGGAUCGAACCUCAAACCGACAUGUUGACUUUUUUCGCCUCUAUGUUCAAUUCCAUCAGGAAUACAAGAACGGCAACCUUAUGAAUGCAGGACGUAUAUUGAGAAAGCUGUUGACGAUGGGAAAAGCAUCGAUCAGGUAUUGGGCUGCAAUUUUAUUUGAUGCAUUGCCUCUACUGGAGAAUAAGCAGCGAGUGAUCUUUGAUUCAAGCGACACAUAUGAGCUCAUGUGGUGCUUGGAGGAGAUUGUUGGAUCACAACAUAAAGCAGAAUAUCUCAAGCGGUUGCCUGCAAAUAUAGCAUCAGAAGGGUCGACAGUGGAAGAAAGGGAGAAGCAACUGAAUAUUAUUCGACUCUCUUUAGUUAGAAACCUUGCUCGGUCACUUAUGAAAGAAAAGGAAUUUGACUUGGAGAAUGGCAGUAGCGACGACUUAUAUUCUGAGCUCUCACAAACACUUGGUGUGCGACUUCCGCAACCACAACCAGUCCACCAUCAUGGCCAUAGAAAUAAUGGAGGACUGACUAUCGUUACUCAGCCACCUGGCAUUAAUCGUCAUGCCAAUCGAAAUGGAUCCAUUGAACAGAGUCUGCAACAAAGUUAUCAUAACCAUCAUCGUCGUUACAAUCAUGAUAACAUACAGCCAUCAUCUGAAAAAUAUCCCAGGGAUUCCGUGGUAGCAGGACUUGUGCAUGAUGAUCGUGAUAAUAAGAUUAAUGAUAGUCAUGACACUAAUAAUCAACACACAGUGCGGAAACGCCGACCGGACCAAUUGCAACAGCAUGAUCUUGACAAGGCGAAGGCUGAAAGGAUGGAGAAGCGCAAGAAACAUAAUAAGGCUUCCAGGGAUGGAGGAGAAGAGCCCAGUCGAUGUCCAUCCGUCUGGGUGGCGUUUUCUAGGAUGGUGACUUGUUGCUUUCCACCUCCUCUUCUUGUAUUGCUUGGCAAGCAUACUUCAGAAAUCCAACAAGCCUGGCGCGAAAAGGUCGCGCUGGUAUUCAUCAUUUUCAUGCUAUGCUUCUCAGUCGGAUUCCUCACUUUUGGCUUCAAUGUUGUUCUUUGUGGCAAGGAACCCAGCCGUAUCCGGCAUGGCCACGUUGAUAAUCAAUCAGCGGUUCUCUUGGGCCGCGCUUACUUACUCAAAGACUUCAACCAUCCUCCUGUACCUGGAAUCCCUAACGUUACAAGCAAUUUACUCGCCAAGCCAGUCCCAGAUGCUGGCGGGAGAGAUAUGACAUUUAUGUUUCAAAAAGUCAAUCAUGCAUGCAAAGGCGUCUUAGGCGCUAAACAGCACGACCAAUUCGGGAAUGUCUGGAACUAUUUCCCUUGCGUUGUCACAAGUGCUGGCUCAGGCACCAAGCCUCUUGGUGGAUUAGGGACCCAAGGCUGCCAUAUAGGACCACGGUCGAUGAAUGCACGUGAGUACAUCAAGCAUCUCCGAUUUAUGGGUGAGGUUUACUUCAGCUGGGAGGAUCUCAGAGAGAGUGGGACUAACUAUGUGGUCUAUAAUGGAAAUGUACUGGACCUUAACCGACUAUCUUGGUUGGAGGACAAUAUUAUCGUCCCUCCUUCGUUUGCUCCCUUCAUGAAUGGAAGCUUUGCAGGCAAAGAUAUCAGUUUGAGCAUGUCCUAUUCCAAGGAGCGCAUCAAUAUCAGCAAGUGCCUUGUCGAGAUUGUCAAAGUUGGGGUCAUUGAUCAAAUGUCAUUAGGAUGCGUGAUCGCGGAUAUUGUACUCUAUGUCUCACUGAUCGUCAUCCUGGGCGUUGUCUUACUCAGGUUCUUUUUGGCUGUCAUCUUUGGAUGGGUCCUCAGCUGGAGAUUAGGGUCAUUUGACGAAAAGACCUUUGCUGAAAAGCUUCGACGCCAGGAGAUCAUUGAAGCCUGGGUCGACGACAACACUUCGCCAUACGUUGAGAGCCCAAAUUCUGAGACAAAUCGCCGUGCCGAGCGUAUUCGCGCCAAUGUCAUACCUUCAGGAUCCCGAUACUCUGUUGACGUCUCGGGCACCACCACGCCCAAUGGGUCACAUAUAUCUGCUACUACAGAGUUCCCGUUUCCGCUCGGUCUCCCUCCUCCACCUAAUCGCUGGAAUAGUUUACCUUCAAACACUGAAAUGUCACGGUCUAGUUCAUCUUUGAAAGGACGUUCUAUGCCGCGGCCCGGUCAAAUGCGUUCCGAUUCCUUGAAGCCAUCGAGCUUUACAAGCGGGUCACGUUUAAGUCGUGCAGGUCUCAAUGCCUCUCUAUCCAAACUCAAGGGUGAGGCUCGGCAAUGUCCAUUGUUACAUACGCUAAUGUUAGUGACAUGCUAUUCUGAAGGCAUGGAUGGCCUUCGAGCUACUUGCGACUCGCUUGCGAACACGAGCUACCCUUCGACCCAUAAGCUACUUUUGAUCAUUGCGGAUGGCAUUAUUCGUGGCGAAAAUGAGGAUAGAACAACACCUGAUAUUUGCUUGGAUAUGAUGACUGACUUUGUGGUCCCUCGCGAAGAAGUCGAGCCCCAGUCAUACAUUGCUAUUGCUGACGGAUCCAAGCGCCACAACAUGGCCAAGAUCUACGCCGGAUAUUAUAAAUAUGCAGAUGAUUGUGAAAUUCCGAUGGAAGAACGCCAAAGAGUCCCCAUGAUUGUGAUUGUCAAAUGUGGAACCCCUGCAGAAUCAAGCGACAAGAAACCUGGAAACCGUGGCAAGAGGGAUUCACAGAUUAUUUUGAUGUCAUUCCUGCAAAAAGUGAUGUUUGAUGAGCGCAUGACGCCGUUGGAAUAUGAAUUCUUCAACGCGUUUUGGAAUGUAACCAAGGUGACACCAGACUUUUAUGAGCUUGUGCUCAUGGUUGAUGCGGACACUAAGGUCUAUCCUGAUUCUUUAACCAGAAUGGUUGCCUGCAUGGCUCAAGAUCCAACCGUAAUGGGUCUUUGUGGCGAGACCAAGAUCGCCAAUAAGAAGGAAUCUUGGGUUUCCAUGAUCCAAGUUUUUGAGUAUUACAUUUCACAUCAUCUAUCAAAAGCAUUUGAGUCCAUCUUUGGAGGCGUGACUUGUCUUCCUGGUUGUUUUUGCAUGUACCGCAUCAAGGCUCCCAAGGGCCCUAAUCGAUAUUGGGUCCCUGUUCUCGCCAAUCCUGAUAUUGUUGAGCACUAUUCCGAGAACGUUGUUGAUACGCUUCACAAGAAGAACUUGCUGCUUUUGGGAGAGGAUCGUUACUUGACCACGCUCAUGCUUCGAACAUUCCCAAAGCGCAAGAUGAUGUUUGUUCCUCAGGCGGUUUGCAAAACCCAGGUUCCUAUCUCUUUCGCAGUUUUGUUGUCUCAGCGCCGUCGGUGGAUCAACUCGACAAUCCACAAUCUGAUGGAGCUGGUUCUGAUCCGAGAUCUUUGUGGAACGUUCUGUUUCUCGAUGCAGUUUGUGAUCUUCAUGGAGCUGGUGGGAACUGUGGUCCUACCUGCUGCCAUCUCGUUCACAAUGUAUUUAAUUAUCAUCUCUUUCAUUAUCACGCCGGUCCCGAUCAUUCCACUCAUGUUAUUGGCAGCUAUUUUAGGCCUUCCAGCCAUCUUGAUUCUGAUGACGACACGCAAGAUUGUGUACGUUGGUUGGAUGGGCAUGUACUUACUUUCGCUUCCAAUCUGGAACUUCGUACUGCCAACCUAUGCAUUCUGGCACUUCGAUGACUUUACGUGGGGCCAAACGCGUAAGGUGCAAGGCGAAGGUGAUGGCAAAGCGGAUUCACAUGGCUCCAAAGAAGGCGAGUUUGAUUCGAGUCAGAUCGUGAUGAAGAAAUGGUGCGAGUUUGAACGCGAUAAAAGGAUCAAACUUGGCUUGAGCAAUGGCAUCACUGGUUGGUACCAGCCUGUAUCGACGCUAAGUCAAAAUGGAAGUAUUAUGAAUGAUCAAGGGGGUGUUGGCGUUGGCAUGUAA